CGGGAGCAAACUAGUUCUAUUACGCAGGAUUGUUUGAAAGGGAAGGAAAUAGAUGCAGUCGCUUCCUUAUGACUGCCUAGAAAGCUUUCCAUGGUAAAUGUUGCAAUCAAUGAAUUAGGUUUCCACUUGAAUCACUGAAAUCGUCGACGCUAUAGGCGUUUUAUCCGCGAAAAUGUGGUUGUGAAACUCAUGGAAUAUAAAGUGCGAAGUUUCCUCGAGUAUGAGUGUUCAGAAACAUCGAGGCAAAGCUCGUGGAGGCAGUGGCAGGGGUCAAAAAAAUUUCAGACCAGGUUCUAGUGCAAGUCCUCCUCCUCAGACAUUUGACUUUGCCAAAUUUGAGGAUGGCAACGGUACAGAUAUCUUCUCAAACAAGUACAUGGUUUACUCUGUUACCAGCAAUUUGGGUGAGACAGCCCGUGUUCAGGUUGUCAAUGGUGAUAUCUAUGAAGGAAUCCUCAAAGCUGUUUCCUCCAAGUUUGAAUGUUCCCUAGGGGAAGUUCAUCUUGUACAACAAAAGAAAAGCAACGGACUUGUCAUUGAGGAUGAACAAACUUUACCCAGCCGUGAUGGUCUAAUCAGCAAUCUCCUGAUUGCACUGAAAGAUAUUGUGAGUGUCAAAAUAACCAAAACAGAGGAACCAGAGAUUGCAACCUCAGUUGAUUCUUUCACAGAUGCAGGCAUCACAAAUGCUGAUCAGAAGGAAACCAAUGGUCAGAUGAAUGAGCGUGAGCUGGAGAGAUGGGUUCCAGAUGAUCCUGACAUUGGAGGGGGCUUAGAAGAUAAUGUCAAAGUGAAUGGCUGGUCACCAGAUGAGAUGUUCAAAACCAAUCAGGAAAAGUUUGGUGUUACAUCGACAUACAGUGAAGACCUGUUACAGUACACAACACCACUUCCAAAGGACAGCACUCGUGAGAUGGAACUCAAAGCAGAACAAACAGCCCGUGAAAUUGAGCAGUCCCAUGGGCACCUGCACCGCCAAGAAGUUGAUAGUGGUAAAACGGAAGAGGAACUGCAUGCAGCUGUCGUCAGACCUCAAACCACAAGCACAGCUCCAAGAACACCUCAGGUGUCUUCUGAACAGUCUUCUGUAGAAGGAAAGCCACAAAGAGAAGCUGCUCCUGAAACAACUCCAUCAUCUGAUGAGCAAAAAGCGACUGACACCAACACACCAGCAGUGCAGGCAAAUGCCAAACCCACAAGUGCUGUUACUGUUAACACAGGGAACACUGUAACACAAUCCUCUGGUGGUCAAAGCUUAAAGGAAUCUUCCACCGAAGGACAAACAGCUUCUACAGACACUCAAUCCUCUGGUUCCAAGGCAAAACAAUCUGAAGUUAUGAAAGAUUUAAAAGAAUUUCAUUCCAACUUCAAUCUGAAAGAAAACUCUUCCAAGAAGGAAAAAGAAGGGCAACAAACAGUUUCCCAAGAGGCAGAUCAGGCUGAGGCUGCUGUGACUAAGACUACAACGUCAUCUGGUAAUGAAUCUGGAGCACCAUCCACCCCAGAUGUGCCCAAAUCAGACGAGAAAAAGGAUGGGGAGGAGAGCAUUCUGUUUAAGUCAAAGCUGAAUCCAAAUGCAAAAGAAUUUAAAUUCACUCCAAAGGCUCAAAAGCAAACUCCACCUCCACCACAAUACAUUCCAGCAGUGGUUCCUUAUUCACCAACCUCUAUGAGACCACCAGUGCCAGGAGGUCCUUUUCCUCUGCACCCUCCGCCGAUGAUGAUGGUACCUUCACCACCAUACUACAGAGGCAAACAGCCAUUUAAUAAACCUGUACGAAAUCAUUCAUACGGAGGUGGCCGUGACCAAGUGGAAUCACCACCUUCCUUCAUAUCGGCAGCUGCUGCAACUGGCAGCCCAAUUAUCACACCAGGUGGGGGAUUUCCUCAGCAAAUGUACAGUCCAAUUACGCCACAUCAGCCCGUUGCUUAUAUCCAGUCACAUGCAGGAAUGGUGCCACAGCCAGUGUUACAACAGCAGUAUGUUGUACCUCCAGGACAUGCUCCACCACGAUUUAUUGCUCCCGUGUCAUCCCCAGCAGGGGCAGGUACUGUUCCAAUGUCACAGACAUACCAGGAUGGAACACCUGUGCCAGUUUAUGUUGCUGGUGCACCCAUGCAAAGUGCUGGUACCCCCCAAGGCCAACCACAGCCCAGCCCUUCACAGCAGGGUCAGUUUAUCUUCACCUCUGUCCCCCCGAUGCCUGGACAGCCACAGGCUGGAGCUCCCCCUCAGGGACAAGUUACACCUGGCCCUGCCCCAUAUGGCCAACCAGUUGUUUACAUUCCUCCAGUGGCACCUAAUGCUGUACCUACUUCUACUCCGUCGUCAGUAUCCUACAUACCUGGCUCUUUCCAUGGUGACAGGAUACAAUGAAAAAAAUAAAAGAAGAAAGAAAAUUGAAGCUCCGUUUGACUGUAGAGUCUUGCAGUCUGCCUUUUCUCUUUCUCUGUGUUAUUGAAGGGAAGUCCCCACAGCAGCAAGGAGGGAUUAAAAGGCAACCUUCUCUGUUGUAUUUAAAACAAAUUUGUUGCAAAAGCAAAUAAAGUAUUUGUUGGUUUAAAUUUUGAAA